AUGCUGCAGCUGUGUAAGGUCACCAACGCUCUGUUCAUCAGUAACGCCCGUUCAGCCUGCAGCGACGAGCUCAUCCAGCAGGAGGCGGUGACGCUCUGCAUCAAUGUGUCCAAGCAGCAGCCGUUUCCCGCCAGCAGCGUCACCAAGCUGCAGAUCCCCGUCUACGACGACCCCAACGAGGACCUGUACAGCCACUUCGACCGCUGCGCCGACGCCAUCCAGAAGGAGGCCAACCGUGGAGGACGCAGCGUCGUCUACUGCAAGAACGGGCGCAGCCGCUCGGCCACCAUCUGCAUCGCCUACCUGAUGAAGCACCGCAAACUGACACUGACGGACUCCUUACAGAAAGUGAAGACGGCUCGUCACGUGAUUGACCCGAACCCCGGCUUCAUGUCUCAGCUGCAGAGAUACGAACGGGAGCUGAAGAACAGACGAGGAGAGACGAGUCCUGAUCCUCAACCUGAGGCCUGAACUCUCCUGAAGGUCGCGACUUGGAAACAUGACAGGUGACCUGCUUCAGAGCGUCACUGUUUCUGUCUCCACAUAUCAGGGCUGCACUUUGCUUUGA